GACAGAGUGCACGGUUUAUUAAUCAGGAAGUAAACUAAACUCUCGUUGUCAACAGAUUUGACACAUUACAACUUGCGUUUCACGGGAGUAAUGCCAUCAUGAGUAGAGUCUACUACGUCCUCAGUGCUGCUCUUUUUGUGUUAGAAAUUCCAGAGACCAAGGCUUUGCUGGAAAACUCCAAUGACUGUUGCGAAAGAAUAAAGAAAAUGAAUGAAACCUGUGCAAACAGUACACUCUGCGAUCCUGGGCUUCUUCAUCUUCAAGAGAACCAUACAAUUUUUUGUGCGUCAUGUGACUCGCCAGAGCAAGUUAAUUCAACACUCAACAGUACAAGGAUCAGUCAGACACCAGUACCUGCAAUCACAAUCGGUGGUCCAGGUGUAGCAGCCUCUGUCCUUCUAGGAACUCUGCUGAUCAGCCUGGGUCUCAUUCUCUCUGUUGCAUCUUUCUUUUACCUUAAGCGCUCAAACCGUCUCCCUGGUGUCUUCUACCGACGCAACAAAGCUUUUAUAUUCCAACCAAGUGAGACGGCUGUCAUGAUUCCUGAAGCCACAUCUUCAGUACGCAAACCAAGAUAUGUCAGAAGGGAGAGGCCGUCAGCAACUUCGGCAUCCAACAGUGCUACCGUGGCAACGGGGGCAGUAACAAAGGUGUACAAUGUGUGACCAGCUUCAGUAUGGCCCCCUUUCAAAACAUGAAAAGGUCUGUCACCCAGCACUGUUUUCUUUAGGAUUAAGAUUUUUGGUGAAAAAUUCUUCAGUUACAUACAUGACCAAGUGAUAUGUUCCUGUUAUAAGCUUAUAUCUUGGUAAACUUUUUGGAUUAAUUAUAUAUAUUUUUUCUUUUCACGUGUUCAAAAGCCAGUUAUUUAUUUAUAUUUAUAUAUUUUUCACACAAUAUUUAGUUUAUUUUUUAAGAGACCAGGUGUUGCACUACUAGAGUAUUUUUAAGUGUUGAUCAGUAAAUCAGUCAAGUAAUUUGUUUUCUCAAUGAAUUUUGUAAUUUUUAUAUUUAUUAGCAGUAUUUUCAUGUGAUAUUGUACUAUUGAAUCUUGUGACAUUGUACCUUGGAUCCAAAAGAGACUUCCACAGUUAUAUUUGAUAUUUGCACACGUCUCUAAACCUCAUUGCAUUAAAAAAGUCAUUGUAUUUUUCUAGUUUGGAUGAAGCAGUUUUAAUGUUUGGUUUCCAAAAACACAAAUGUAAACAUUUCCAUUGAUUCUGUACCUUCUCCACAAAUUCCAUCAGCACUUAUUAACGCCACAUACAACAAAAUACCUGUAUGAUUUGAAACCACUUUUGGCUUAGGUUUUUAUAAAAUGUUAACUGUAUAUUAAUGUUGUACUAUGCCACAUGUUAACAAUAGCUAUAUAUAUCCACUAUAUCCAAUAUAUGAUUCCGGCAUGCACCAAAGACGUUCCCAGAUAUAUAAUGAUUAAAUAAAAUUUUGUUAGGCCUUAAAGUGACAAUUACGCUGUUAAUGCACAAAUUAUAUAGGUAAAACUGAAGUGAAAAUAUCUCAAAUAAGAAAUUACAGUUUGAGAAUUUUUGACCACUUUUAAUUAUUUUAUAUGUCCACUGUAUAAGACAAAGUGCCAUUAACUGAAUGUGCUAAUGGAUGAAGAUCACCUUGAUUUUGUACAUUUUUAUAGAAAAUUAGAUUGUAAGAUUAUAAAAGAACUGUGGUAAAUGUACAGUAUAUUGUUUAUGGAUAAUCUAUUGCAGCAUAAGAGAGAAAGUAAUACACUGGAAUGUCUAUGAAGGGGCUGAAGACGUCAAUUACUUUUUGACUUUGUUUUGUAAACAUACAUAGCAGCCUUCAAAAUGCCAUAUCAUCUGUAUAUUUAAUAUUUUCUAUUUUAGGUUUUUCUCAUUUAUAUGAAUAGUUAUGUUUAUUUGAAGAAUUGUUGUUGUUCCAUUUUGCUACACCUUUAUACUUUAUUUUAGUAUUUUAAUCUUUGUUUAUUUUAUUUAUUUUAUAUUUUUUUGUAUUAUUUUAUUAUUGUGAAAUUUAAAAAUCUUCAGAAUGUUGGGUUAAAAUAAAAUGUAGUUGCCAUUGGGAUACAGCAGUGAAAAAUUAACCAAGUAGGUGCCAUUUUUAUCAGCUGUUGUGCAGCAACUGGAAAGCAUGGUUUUGUAUGAAUUAUGUUUGGAUAUCAGAUGCUGAACUUUUGUAUGUUGAUGUCUUAAUGGAGUGAAUAUUAAUCACCCUAUUGAAUCGUUUUUUAUUAUGUCAGUGUUUACAGAAAUAAAAGAUGUUUUGAUUGA